AUGAGUUUACAAAUCGGUUUCAAACAAGUUUUGCGUAUCUCUCCACUACAGAAGACGUUUCGAUCUGCCGGAAGCAUUGCUAUCUACGAGAGACAAGCCAGCCAGUUAUGGUCACCAUCUUCUUACAAUCACGUUACCAGUCGCCUUGCAAGCACAAAAAGUUAUACACCAAAAACCGAAAAUAAGAAGUCUAAGGUGUCUGAUGAUCAAGAUGCGGUACAACUAUUCUACACUCAUCGGGAAACUGGAACUCUCACAAAACCGCUGGCUACUUCGUGCCUCAGGGACUUGGACAGAAGAAACCGCCACGACACUGGACUGGGAGAAGCCACCAUCAAGUGGAUGUGGAAUGAGCAUGACCGUUACGAAUUUCCGAGAGACAAGGAUCUUCUAGAUCAGAUGGUCAAGCACCUUGUCAAGGAGGGCAAGGAGGACAUGCUUUGGAACUGGAUCGAACAGAAAAGCCGAAAGACCGACUCUCUAGGCCCCAAGGAUCGAUUUGUGUGGAGAUCAGACGCCGUGAAAUCGCUCGUUAGAGCCAAAGCUUUUGCUUCGGAUGCCGACAACCUCGAUGGAGCGUUGGAAUCCUUCGAGCGUGCGAGACGUAGCACGUACUCUAUCCCACUUGCUCCAGCCAGAAUGACUAUGGCGCAGCUGCUGAUGAUGCCAAAGGACAAGACGGGCAUAGACUCUGUAGACAGCAAAGCCGAGAUGGAAACACCCAAAUGGCCAAACACGAGCAUAGAACUCUGGGAAGACUUCUUCAAGGGCACUGAUCGCCACCAGGAUGUCAGCGAACCACUCUCAGUCCAACUACCGCUAUAUCACCCUGGAGGACCGAACGCGAUGCCAUUUCUUAAGCAUUGUCGAUACCUAGCAACAAAGGAGGAUCUUGUCAGAAACAUGGCAAAGAGACCAUCGGUGACCCCUUGGAUUGCACGAGGUAGACAUGCCGAGGCAGUGUUACGACAACAAGGGCAUGAAAAGGAUGCCGAUUGGUUGGGAGAGUUCAUCCGAGACUUGCAUACGAAAGCGGAACCGCUCAGGAGGAAGGAGAAGUCCAGGAAGGUCGAGAAAUUUGCGAGAACCAAUAAGAAGUGA